AUGUCCGAUAAGCAUCUGACGAAUCCGGUGUGCUUUAGUUACUUCGACCCAUUCAAUGCCUUCGGUAGCAUACAAAGCGAACUAGAAGAUAGGUUGCCCUUCAGAAAUUUGCACUGGAAACCUUCUAAUCAAAAUUUAAGAACCAUAGCUCAUCUCCCAAUCGAAAUUAUACCAGAAACUGAUGAGAGCAUGAAAAAAUGCGGCUCAGAGCCUCUCAUAAUGUUCCUGGUAAUUAUAUGUACCUCGAUUGAUGAUUACAGGGCAAAAGUGCGGCCACUCAUUCGACAAUGGUUGCCGCCCCCAGGGAGCAAUAAAGAUGCUGGGUCAAACGUUUCUGAAGCUCCUGCCAAAAGGAUUGUCCUUCUUCACUCAAACUCGGACAUAUCCGAGACCAAUCUUUUUAAGACAGUUUCAUUUUAUGACAAGUUUAGCAAGGACUUUCCCUUCUUGACUGCGAUUGAGGUCAAAUCUAUUUACAAGUCUGAGAAAGAGAAAACGAAUUUUUGGAACAGUACAGUCAAUCAGCUCAGAAAAUACACCAUGGAGGUUUUCCAGCAGCGGCUUGGAUAUCUGGAAACAAAAUUGCGGAAAGUGCCGGAAGGAAAUACGAUGGAACUCGCGUCUCUUCAAGAAAGUAUUCUGAACUUAUUUUUGGCUUUUCACUUGAAUGACGAAGCCUCAAAAGAGCUAGAGAGCUUGAGACAUACACUUUUCACUCAGUUAGGUCCCAAACUCAGCAAGGGAGAGCUCGAAGUCCCUUUUCAAUUCAGCCAUAUGGAACCAGACGUUAGCAAAAACUCAAUUGCCUUUCAAUUGGCCAAGGAAAACCUCACUAUUUACCAGUUAAACAGGUUUUUUCUCAUUAAACAAUGCGAACUAAUACAGAAAAGCUACCAACAAACAGCAAGAAACUUGCGGCUUUACCAGCUUGUCAGGUCUUUCCUGUGGGUCAUUCAGAAUGAAUUUAAUGAAUCCCCAAUGAUAGCGCAAUUUAAAUACUCUUUUCUGGAAAGCUUAAACCACGCCGGCAUAUUUGAUAUUGAAAAGACAACUACCUUUCGUGAAAUACAGGCUGAUUUUGAAAUAAUUCAAAGAGACUGUUGGCUGGAUAUGGCUUUUGGCCAGCAUUCCUUCCGCUUAAAUGGCAGGAUCUAUCCUCCUAACAAAGUUAGCUGCAGUUCAGACGAUUUGAAGAGCUCAUUUGAGAAUGAAGACGUGUUUCAAUUAUCUUUCCUUGAAAGAACCAAAAACAUUAUAACGCUUUUGAACGAAUGUAACUCAAAAAGAUAUCGAAUUGUUGACCUUUACUCUGUUGAAGUUGCUUUGCUGUACCAUCAAAGAAAAGAAUAUCAAAAGGCAAUUGAUAUUUUACAGUCUUGCCAUGAAUACUACAAGGAUUCUUGUUGGAACGAACUGGCUAUUAAGUUAUUGGAAUGCUUUGUGGACUGUUUGAUCAAGUGUCCCGAAACGCAUGUUAUCACUUUGGGUGAAGAAGAUGUCCCUGUUGCGACCGUUUUAAGCAACUCCAUUCUGGAUUUGCUAGCAUCAACACAGUCUGGUGAGCGAAAGGCAUUUUGGUGGGACCUCUUCCUCAGCAUAAACAGGGAGGGUGGCGAUAGUUUGAUGUACCCGCUUGAUAACCUCUUUGAGAUUAAAGUGGAAAACGAGCUUCAUAUCGCAAGACCUAACGUGUAUGCACUACGCGUAAAAGUUUCCAGUCAAAAGCUGCCGCAAGAUGUGUCGGUAGCGAUUAUGAGAGUUUUGUUGAAAAAUGAUUUAGACGAGUUCCUCGAAUUCAAGCUCAUAGACACCGUCAUCCGCCCUGGAGACAACGAAGUUUAUCUAGAAGCUACUGAAAUUUCGUUCGGAAACUUCGAAAUAAUUAGCACUGAAAGCACAGUUGGCAACACAAUUUUUUGUAAAGAGUUUUCAGGCCCCUGUGCUUCGAUCUCGCUUGUCAAACCUCUUUCUUCGCACAACUUUGGUGUCGCAGUUCUAUCUUCCAAACGCUUGGAGCUGACAAAAAACUCGAUUCAUCUGAAAUACUCCAAUGUCGAUAUACCCGAAAAGUUUAAAUUGGUGCUUACUAUUAUUCCUCCUCAAGGCGAAGCGCAAUCUCCUGUCGCUUUUAGCGCUGAUGGAAAGAAACUAUCUGUCACAGUUACGGGCUUUGAUACAUCGUAUGUGGAAUACUUUAUCUUGCAUCCUAUUGAUGAAUUCACGUUGAAACAAGAACUCUCCUUCAAUGUCAUCGCUUCCCCCAAUCACAAUUUCUACGAGAAAAAGGUCGAAAAAGUCAGCUGUGCUCUUCCUUUGAGUAUAUCUGUGGAAGAUAUAGCACGAGAAAAUUGCUUCUUCUUCAAGUUUUUGAUCUCUUCUUCCCUUCCGACUGAGCCAGUUUUAUUUUACAAAUCAUGCCUUGAAUCUUACGAGCCAAAGAAGUACACCGUAACCGGAGGCUUUGAACCGGAAGCUCCUAUUUUGCUUAGAAACAGGCUCAAUGAAACAAGCUUGAGCUUUUUUAAAAUAGCAACUCAAGAUGGUGCGAAGUUUGACAGUGUUGACUCAUUUCAAUUAAAAGUACGCUUUAGUACAUUAAAAGGUCAAAUAGACCACCUAGUGACAAGCGCCAUCUUAAUUCAAGGGUACCCAGAUAUUGCCUCAAAGAUGGAGCUAUACCGAGACGUUUGGAACAGCUCUGUUCUUGGUGCACUCUCGUACGACUAUGAUCUAUUCGAGUCCGAUAACAUCAUAAAACUCGUCUCCUCCAAAGAGUCGGUAGAGGCAAUAAGAAAACUUUUAGUCACCAGGGUUCGUGACGAGGGCUUUUUGAAAGCUUCAUCGCGGUGCCUUUUUGAGCUUUAUAAGGGCUUCCAACUCUCGCAUAUCGAAAUCAAGGAAUAUACUAAAGAUCUCGAAACUUCAGAGCUUGUAGUUGGCGUGCACCUCCCUUCUCCCUCCAAAUUUUUUUCGGUUAAUUUGAAAGCCGAAACAACGUGCGAGCAGAACCUCAAAGUUGGUCAACUGCUCCCGGUUGAUAUCCAAAUCGAUGACCUUAGUAGCUGUUGGGCAAGCGAAAGUAGACAAGAAAAAAACUACAUUUUCGAAUUAUCCAACUCCAGUGAAUGGAUUAUCAAUGGGAAGAGGAGAUUUUGUCUUUGUCCCGGUAAAAGCGAAUACAGAGUCCAUAUGAUCCCACUGAGAAGAGGGUAUUUGAAAUAUCCAAGAGUCGAAAUUUCCGAGGAUGGCAAGAAAGCUCCCGAAGUUUAUUACUCGAACAUGCAUGAAACGAUUUUAAUAGCUUGA